AUGGGUAAAAGAGGACCUAAAAAGAACUACUUUGUAGUAUGUCGAGGUAGAACCACUGGAAUUCUUGAUGGGUGGGCUCAAUGUGAAACAUCUACAUCAGGUUUCUCUGGCGCCAAGUUCAAAGGUUAUGAGACUCAUGAUGAAGCUCAAAAAGCAUGGAAUGAGUGGUUACAGUCUCAAGGCUUCACGCCUACUAAAGGUGCACCGCACGAUACGUUAGAGAAUAAUCUUACAGAUAUCUCUAGAGUUGUGAAUCGAAACGCGAUUGAUAAUCAUUUAAAAACACGGGUAGGAUUGAAAAGGAAGUAUGAAGAUGAAGAUGCUUCCAUGAACAUCAAUGUCGUAAUAACCUCUGCUCGGCUGACUGAAGCAGAAGCCAGUGCUAUAUCAACCGAAAAGACUUUGAUUGACCUUACAGAAAGUCCAGAACGUACAACGUCACAUGACAGACUUCUCGAUUCCGAAGGAGAAAAAACACCAGCGUUCAAGAAGGCAAAAUCGGGCGACAAUACACCUACACUAAACCCUGAUGUUGAAAUUCCAGACUCAGAAUUUGAGUUAUCUGAUGAUGAAAUUUUCGAUAAGAUCAAUUCAACAUGUGAAGAUGUUCCCAAGCCUGUUGAACUUACAACCGAGCAGAGAUCAGUCGUCAAGAUGGCAAUGGGUAGAGAUAAUAUUUUUCUCACCGGUGCCGCUGGAUCUGGGAAAACGGUUACCCUACUGCAAAUCAUAGAAAAUUUAAAGAAAUCACUACAGGACAACAAUUCAAACAUUCCGAAAGUUCAGGUUGCUGCUCCUACUGGAUUGGCGGCACUGCCCUUGAAUGGAAGAACAACAUAUUCCGUUGCUGGAUGGAAACCAGAUUCAUUCAAAAUGCCCCUUGGUCAGCUUCUUGAUGAUGAUAACAUAAAGAAAAGAACAAUUAAAGCUCUUCGAAAGUUAGAAGUUCUCAUAUUGGAAGAAAUUUCAAUGGUUGAAAGCCAAUUCCUUGAGCGUUUCAAUUUACUUCUCCAGACGGUAAAGCAAACCAAGAAACCUUUCGGGGGUAUUCAAGUGAUAUUUUUGGGCGAUUUUUAUCAACUUCCCCCUGUAAAACCUUUCGAGCAUUGCAUGAUAUGUGGAGUUGAAAUGGUUGGAGUUUUUGACCGCGUUUGUAAGAGUAACCUAUGCAAAGAUCGUUCAGACAAUAUACCUUUCAAGCCGGGUGAUAAAUGGGCAUUUAAUGCUCCCGUGUGGAAACAGCUUAAGUUUAGACAUGUCAAGUUGGAGCAAAUUCAUCGACAGAAGGACGAGAAGUUCAAAGACCUGUUAAACAAAGUUCGCAAUGGUGUUGACUUGAGUGAUGCAGAAUGGCAUGAUUUGAUACGUCCAAAGGUUCUUCCACCCAAUGCUUUUCCUGUACGUCUCAUGGCAAAGCGUUUCGAUGUCGACAGGUUCAAUGAUUCUCAAUUGGAUUUGAUAAAAUCAGAAGCAAAGGUCUGGGAAGCCCUUGAUGAUUCAUGUCAACUCUAUCGAAACGAGCUUGAUUAUCUGCGUCAGCAUGAAAUUAAUAGGAAGAUGGAAGAAUACAAGAUCGCCAUAUCGGAAUAUCAUCGUUUUCCCAAAAGACUGACGCUGAAAGUUGGUGCGAAAGGUACUAUAGUUGGGUUCGUAAAUGCGCAAAAAUGGCCAGCAGCUGUGAUCCAGGGUGACCAUGCAGAUUGGCGACAAGUUCAAAUGAACCAUUUCAUUGAAAAGAAUCCUUGGAGACCUGUUGUGAAGUUUACGGAUGGUAAAACAACUGCAAUUGCGCCGGUUCCAUCAGAGACUUUAAUGGGAACGGCGGAAGAUAGAUAUCUUGCUUGCAGAACUCAAAUUCCACUCAUCUUAGCCUGGGCUUUGUCAAUUCAUAAAAGUCAAGGUAUGACAAUGGAACAUGUUGAGGUAUCAAGGAAGGAUAUUUUUGAGUCGGGUCAAUUAUAUGUCGCUCUAUCACGAGCAACGACGUUGGAGGGUCUCACAGUUACGGGCUACUCUAGGGAACAAAUCGCUAUGGAUGAGGAUGUUGUGGACUUUUAUCAAAAGACGCAGUGGGAGAAUCUACAACCUCCUUCUAAAUGA